GUGGCGAAGUGACGGAAGUGACAGUUAGUGACAGAUGACUAAAAGGUCAUUAAAUUGAUCCAGUCUAUUUUAUAAUUUUUAGAAUAUUUUUUAGAUUUCUGGGCGAUUUGGUUGAUCAUUUUCGUCCUGAAAUAAGAAGUAAAUGUAAAUAAAGCAGUUACUUAAAUAGAUUUGUUAAAAAUGGCUCGAUACGGACAAAGGCCGGAGAACGCUUUAAAACGUGCUAAUGAGUUCAUUGAAGUUGGGAAACCAGCUAGAGCUCUUGAUACUUUACAAGAAGUGUUUCGGAAUAAGAAAUGGGCUUAUAAUUGGUCAGAAUCGGUUUUAGAGCCGAUUAUGUUUAAGUACCUUGAUUUAUGUGUAGAGCUGAAAAAGUCUCAUAUUGCAAAAGAAGGAUUAUUUCAAUAUCGUAAUAUGUUCCAAUCUGUCAAUGUAAGUUCAUUAGAAAAUGUAAUAAGAGGAUAUUUACGAAUGGCUGAAGAGAAAACUGAAUCUGCACGCGAACAGUCAGCUCAAGCAGUAAUUGAUAUAGAUGAUUUAGACAACUUAGCAACACCGGAAAGUAUACUUUUAAGUGCUGUGUCUGGUGAAGAUGCUCAAGAUCGAUCAGACCGCACCAUAUUAACUCCAUGGGUUAAGUUUCUUUGGGAGUCUUAUUGUCAAUGUUUAGAGCUUCUUAGAACUAAUGCUCAUGUGGAAAAUUUGUACCACGAUAUUGCCAGAAUGGCAUUUCAGUUUUGUCUGAAAUAUAAUAGGAAAACUGAAUUCAGGAAAUUGUGCGAUAAGCUCCGGAAACAUUUGGAAGAUAUAUGUAAGUUACCUGCCCAGGUUGCUAAUGUGUCUAUGUCUAAACCAGAAACGCAACAACUAAAUUUAGAGACGAGGCUUCAUCAAUUAGAUUUUGCAAUUCAAAUGGAAUUAUGGCAAGAAGCUUACAAAGCCAUAGAAGAUAUUAACAAUUUAAUGAACUUAUCUAAGAAAAUGCCUGUUCCUAAAACUAUGGCCAAUUACUAUCAAAAACUUGCAAUGGUUUUUUGGAAAGCUGGAAAUUACCUGUUCCAUGCUGCAGCUCUGUUCAAAUUACUGCAACUGAGCAAAGAAAUGAAGAAGAAUAUUACUCAGGAAGAGCUACAGAGGAUGGCUUGCAAAGUCUUACUUGCGACUUUGUCUAUUCCAUUGCCUUCAGCCCAUCCAGAGUUUGAUAGAUUUAUUGAAACCGAUAAAUCGCCUUUAGAAAAAGCACAAAGAUUAGCCAUACUCUUAGGUUUAAUGCAACCACCUACUAGAGCAAGUCUUCUAAAGGAUUUGGUUCGUAUUAACGUAAUCAGCCUUGCAACACCACAACUUCAAGAUUUACAUAGAUGGUUAGAAGUUGAUUUCGAUCCCUUGAACUUAUGUUCACAUGUUCAUGGUAUUAUUCAACAUAUACAAGGAGAUGAAGGAAAUAUUGCACUUCAACAAUAUGUCCCAGCCCUACAAGACGUUACUUUGGUUAGACUUGUAAGACAAGCUGCUCAAGUUUAUCAAACAAUUGAAUUUUCGAGACUUUUAGAGUUGGCUAAAUUUGCAACUCCAUUUCAUCUCGAGAGACUUUUGGUUGACGCGGUUAGGCACAAUGAUAUGCAGAUCAGAAUAGAUCAUGGUAAACACUGCAUUCACUUUGGUAUUGAUUUGAGUGAAAGCCAAAGAGAAGAUAAACCUGAAGGUCCAACUCUACAAGUUAUGCCCAGCGAACAAGUUCGUAAUCAGCUUGUUAAUAUGUCAAGUGUUUUGAACCAAGCUGUUAAUGUUAUUUAUCCCAAUAAGAAGAAGACUGAAAGGGAAAGAAUUAGGAACAGCAUGGUCCAAAAUUACCAUGAAACGAAAGUUAAAGAACACCAAAAGAUUCUUCAGAGGCAUAAAAUUAUUGAGGAUAGAAAGGAAUAUAUUGAGAGGCUCAAUACGGUUCGUGAAGAGGAAGAACAAAAACGUAUUGAGGAAAUUCAAAGGCAGCAAAUGUUGGCUGAACAGAAACGCUUAGAGGAAGAGCGUCAAGAACGCGAGAGACGCCGUCACUUGAACGAAAUCCAACAAAUUAAAGAUAGGCAUCUCAAAGAGAAGUUGCACCAGAUUAGUCAAACUGGCCAUGGGCAGAAAAUCCUUAAAAAAAUGGAUGAAGAUGACAUCAAAAAACUGGAUGCCGACCAAAUUGCAGCGAAAGAAGCCGAGGUACAAAAGGAAAGACGUGAACUUCAAGCUAAAUUGAAGUCACAAGAAAAGAAAGUUGACUACUUUGAACGUGCUAAGCGUUUGGAAGAAAUUCCAUUACUUCAAGAGAGUUUGAAGGAGAGGCAGCUUCAAGAUCAAAACUUCUGGGAACAACAAGAGAAAGAAAGAAUAGCUGCCGCGAUGGAGGAGCGCAAAUUGGCCGUAGCUACGCGAGACAGAUUUGCACGCAUGAAAGCUGAUAAAGAUGAGUUUUUGGCUAAACUUAAGAAAGAAAGGAACUCCGUGUACGAAGAGAAAUUGAAAGAAUUCGAAAAACUGUUGGCGGAGGAACGGGCAAAGCGGCACGCCGAAUGCAGGGCCAAACGAAAGGAAGAAAGAAGAGCUAAAUGGCUUAAGGAGAAACAAGAGGAAGAAGAACGCAAACGCGAAGAGCAAAUAAAGCGCGAAGAACUAGAACGCAUCGCUCGAGAAGAGAGGGAACGUCAGGAACAAGAAGAACGCGAACGACAGGAAAAAGAAGAAAAGGAACGUGCCGACAGACAAAGACAAGAGAUGCUUGAUCGUGUUGCCGCGAAACAACGGGCUAGGGAAGAAGAAAUAGAUCGCAAAUUAUCGGAACAAAAGGAAAAGGAAAAGGAAAGGGAAAAACCCAGUGCGGACGUCUGGAGGAACGACAAAGAGAAAAAGCCAGACGCGGGAUCGUGGCGAUCAGACCGCGUGUCCGAUAUUAAAAACCGGUCGGACGAUCGAAGAUCUGACGACCGGAGGUCUGACGAGAAGAAGCCCGAAAUUUGGACAUCAAAACGCCGGGCUGCCGAAGAUACUUGGAGAACAGAUAACAACCGCGAACGUCCUGACGACGAUAAGGGUUAUGAAAGGGACAGUGGGCACGGACAGGAGAAAAGAGACGGACGACCUUUCGAAAGAAACAAAGACAGUGGAGGUCGUUUUGAACGCAAAGAAAACCGAGACGAUCGCAAACCUGAGGGUGGUUCGUCGUGGCGACAGGCCGCCCCUAGAUCCAACGAAGAUGCUCCGAGGCGAGGGUUGGGUCCAUCGAGAGGCGCACCAAUACGCGAGAGUGCUGGCACGCCGCGCAGAGAGGAACCUAUAAAGAGAGCCGGCGGUGACGAGAAACGUCCACCUCCAAAAGAGAAGCCGCAAGAUACGAAAACGCAAUCCGAAGAUGGCGGUGGAUGGUCUACAGUGACACAAGGACGUCGUCGUUAAUACUUUUUUAUCCACAAAUAUCUGCCUUAAUUCAAUAAACAAGUUAUGUUCUAAAUAGAUACAGAAUAUUUUUAACGUUAAUUUUUAAAUUUUUGGUGGUUAUGAAAAUAAGCAAAAAUGUAUUAGAUUGCUUUAUGUUUAUCAGUUUAUUUUAGCUACCUGAUCCAGGCAUAUAAUUUUUUAGUCCAUAUAAACAUUUCAACAAGAA